CUUAUCUGACCUUACUUGAAACCAAAAUAAAAUGAAACUAGUUGUUGUGGACUUAGUGAUCAACCUAUAAAGCUGAUGUACUAUCAUAGAGAAAGGUAACUAGAGGUCAUGACCAAUGUAAGAAUAUUUCUUCUUUUUACCAAUCAUCUGUGGGUCACACUGGUGUUGCGUAAAAGCGGAUGGGCUCAAGGUCAAUCAAUCUGGAGUUUCUCCUUACCGAUGAACUUGCAACGUAUUUGUCCAAGGUUGGUGGUCUAGAUAUAUGCUCUCCAGAACUCAAAAAUUCAAUAAGUCGAGUACUAGAAAAAAGGUCUGUUGUACCAUUCUCAGUUGUAAAUGACUGCUAUCACUUAACGAAGAAGCUGUCGGAUACAGGCAAAGACAAUAUUUAUCUCCAAUUUUGGCGCAUUUCUCUAAAAACCUCUGUAGUCCUUCCUGCGAUAAAGCAAACUCUUAAAAAUCAAGGUCUUGAUGCUCAUUUUGAAGAACUAAGAAAUAAGUAUAAUAACAAAUGCUACGAAAAAAUAACGAAAGAUAUCGGUACACCCAUAGUCUUUUCAACAACUUCCAAGGCCCAAAAAACUUGCUUUUCUGAACUCAAAUGUGCUAGGAAACAAUUCGUUAUGGUCCUCAACUUUAUUGUUAUUGUGAUGUCCGCCUUUGCGUUCGGAUAUUUCCUCCCUGAUUUAAUGUCCUCCAAUUAUCCCAUAUCACUCUUCUCGCGUAUUGUUUGUGGUUUGUUGUGCGCAGUAAUAGUUAUGGUUGCUGACUUCUAUUUCCUAAUUAGAAAUUUCAGUUUAUUGGAGAAAGUUUAUGGGUGAUUCUUAAAUUGUAAUGUUUUAGGAGUACUAUUGUUUCAGAUUGAUGGAUAACUUUUAAUAUCUCGUACAAAUUUGUGCACCCUUUCCAGCUGGUUUUUUGGAUAAGUCUGCGGUCUAAUGAAACUUUGCUUCACUUGAAAUGCAUCAUCUAAAUUUCUGCUCUCAGUUCCAUCUAUCAAUAUUUUCAGGAUAAUAAGUAACGUUGAUUUUCUAA